CGGGAUACACAUCGUCCUCCACUUGUUGACUACCGUUGAUGCGCUUAGCCACCGCCUGCCAUGGCCUCCGCCGUCGCGAGUAACUUGCUGCCUGCCGCCUCGCCCGCCGCCUUCGGUGGUGGCGGUGGUGGUGGGUGGCUCGGCCCGCGUGUCUCGUUCAGCCGCGAUGUCGUCGUCGUCACCGGGGCUGAGGACGCCGCCGCCGCGGUGGUCGUGUGUUCUUCUUCUCCUGCGGCGGCGGCGACGCCGGAGCCGGCGAUAUCGAAGGACUUCAUCGACUUCGAGUUCAGCCUCGGGGGCUCCGCCACCAUGCUCCCGGCCGACGAGCUUUUUGCCGACGGGAAGCUGCUCCCGCUACGGAAGGCGGCGGCUGUGCCGGAAGUGGAUGCCGCGGCGCCCCGGCCGCCGCAGCCUGAGGCAAUGCCGGUGGCUUCGGAGCCGAUGAAGCCACUCCGGGCCGCCGCCGCCGCCGCGGUCGAUGCCACCGACCCGUACGUUUUCUCUCCGAAGGCGCCCAGCUGCUCGAGCCGGUGGCGUGAGCUGCUCGGGCUGAAGAGAGCAGCCGCUCAGAGCCCGAAGCCAUCGCCGUCGCAGCCGUCCGCGCCGGCGAGGACCCCCGGGAGAGCGAUGAACUCGACGGCGGCGAGGUCGCUGAAGCUGCUGCUCCAACGGAACAACGGCCGGUCGUCCGCCGCCUCCGCGUCGGAAAUCGCGUCGGCGCCGCUCCUCCGCGACAGCUCCGACUCGGAGGCGUCUCUCUCGCUCGCGUCCUCCCGCUUCUCGCUCUCCUCCUCGUCGUCGUCCUCCGGCCACGACCACGACGAGUUCCCGCGCCUCUCCCUCGACUCCGCCGCCGACCCCAACCCACCCGGCAUUCGCCUCGUCCGUUCCUCCCACCGCCACUCAACCUCCACCACCUCCCGCGCCGGCCGCAGCCCGGCUCGCCGCCGCCCCUCGCCGCCGCGCUGCCUCUCCGUGGACUCCCCGCGCAUGAACUCCUCCGGCAAGAUCGUAUUCCAGGGGCUGGAACGCAGCUGCAGCUCCCCGUGCACCCUGCACGCCUCCUCCAAGCCACGCAGCUCCCGCGCCGUCGACCGGUCCUACUCCUCCGGCGUCCGCGUCGCGCCGGUGGUGCUCAACGUGCCGGUCUGCUCGCGCCCCGUGUUCGGGUUCUUCAAGGACAAGAAGGAGACGUCGACGGCGAAGGACGGCGCGGCGGCGAGGACGAGGUCGUCGCUGGGGCGGAGGACGGCGGCGCCGCCGCAAGGGUGGAGCGGCGAGCUGGCGAGAUCCUGCGGGUGAUUUGACUCGGUUUGACCGGUUAGUUGUUGUUGUUUGUUGCUUUGCUGCGACCGGUUUGGUAUGAUGAGUGCACGGAAAAGGCAAGUUGAUGCCAUGAUGAGAUGAGAUGGGAUGAGAUACUUUGGACUAGCAGUGAGUGCUACCUGUAGUUUGGUUUUAACUGAUUUUGUUUGUUCUUUGGAGACGCCUCAUGGAAGGUCUAAUCAAUUGACUCUUCUUUUUUCUUUCUUUCUUUCUUUCUCUUCAACUGUAUAUUCCGAUUUUUGUUUGUUUUUGUCUUCCAUCAUCAAAGUUUAAUCCUCUUUUCACCUUUCUAUUGGCUCAUCCGAUAUCCUGUUCAAAUGGCAAAUGGAGUUGGUGAAGAAGUUGAAAUGCUGAAG